UUCUCAGCCCCAUUCGGUCCCGCCGUAGCUCAGGCCGCCCCUCCGUGUCCAUACCGGGCGCAUUAGCCCCAAUCCCGCCCCGAGGGCGGUGUCUGUCGCCGCGGCGACGCGGGCAGGGGAGGACCCGGAUGUGUCUCGAUCGCAACAUGGCGGCGGCGGCCGACACUUUUCCCGGAGGGUCCGGAAUGCAGAGCUGAGGUGGGAGAGUUUCCCCUUCCUGGCAGGUAGGAAACAGAUCCAGAAAUUCCUUGGAAUUCUUCAUCCCGUCCUCAUGGGGGGUCUCCUCCACUUGCUCUAUCCAGAGCCUCAGAUGGAUUUUUCCAGCGUUUCCUGCAGAUUUGAGUCAGGAAUUCCGGACACUGGGAAUCCUCGUGAAUGUCCCGGCUCCUCAAAACCAGGGGGUUUUCCUACAAGUUGGGGAGGGAAAUCACUGUUCCCGAUGUCUUCUCGGUGUUCCCAUCACUGCCCCUCCAAAGAAAAGGAGGAAAAAAAUAGGCCAAGCUUGGGGAUUUGGGAUUCCCUGGAUUCCUCAGGAACAACUCAGAGGAAACUUCCUGCUGUGGGAAAGGAGACAAAUUGCACCAGAAAUUCCCUUCCUCCUUUUCCCAGUUUCCUUCUUUUUCUUCUUUUUUCCUGUUUUCCUUUUCCUCUUUUUUCUCCUUUUAUUUUUUCUCUCUUUUGUUACUUUUCCCUUUUCCUUCUUUUUCAUUCUCGUUUUCCCACCUUUUCCCUUCUUUUUUUCUCUUUUUCUUUCUUUUCCCCCUUUUUCAUCCCUUUUCCUCUUCUUGUUCUUUCAUUUUUUUUCUUCCUUUCUCCUUUUUCUGCUCCUUCCUUCUCCUUCCCUCCCUUCCUUCUUCCCCCCUCCUCUUUCUCCCUUCCCUACUUUCCCAGCAGUCCCUGGAACUUGCUGAUCCCCUUCCCAGAACCUUUUAUGUCCCAGUUCCGGGUAGUUCUCCUUUAAGGAAGGAAACAAAUCCCUUUUGACUUUGUGUGGCCUCCACAGGGGUCACCGGAUUCCUGGAAUUCCAGGAUUCUUCUCGGGGCUGGUUUUCUGAGGUUUUUGAACACCUCUACUCCUCUUCCUUCUCCUCUUCCUCCUCCCCCUCCCAGCAGAUCCAGCCCUUCCAGUCCAACCCGCCCUUCCCGGCACGGCUCCGGAACCCUCCGGAACAGCCCAGCCACGUCCUUCCGCCCUCCCGGCCCCGGGAAUGUGACCCCAUGGGGGGAAUCGUGGGAUUUGUCCCAGGGCUGGCUGGGAUUUGGGAUAUCAGGUGCGAUCCCGGAGCUGGGAGGGAGCUCCAGGAAUCCUCAGGAUGAUCGGUGCAGGUCAGGAAAACGUAACCUUCACUGGUUGCCGUGGAAUUCCGGGAGUUUUCAGGGCUUCUCGAUGAGCUUUGAUCCGUCCACACCUUCUUCAGGAGCCUCUUCCCGAGGAUCCCAAGGUGCUGCUGAGGUGGAUUUUUUUUUGUGGAAAAUGGAAAAUUGCAGAGAUUCACGUCUCUUCCUACCCCUGCUGGCACCAGGAAAACGAUUUUGUGGAAGGAAAAGCCGGCUCAGGGAUUUUCCACUGCGAUGGCUGGUUUUGAAAAAAGAUUUAGGGUUUCUGGGAAGGGCAGGAAUUACCUCUUUGCACCUUUUAUUCCUGUUAUUUUUCCCUUUAAUUUUUAUACUGGAGGUGCCACCACAAUUCCCACCUGAAUACAGCAAGAACAGCACUGGUUUGGGGGGAAUUUGGAGGGAAAUAUGAGAACGUUCCACCCCGUGUGUUGAGUCAGUUCCUCAUUAAUUGGUGACUAAUUAAACACAGCGGGAUCUAGGGAAUGUGACCUGUAAAAGGCUGAGGAAUGUGGUGGAGGGUUAACCUCCCCCUGACCUACAUCCCACCCUCUGGAAUGCCCCAGGAUCCCUCAGCCCGCCCCCCCAGGGCUGCUGGUUUUCCUCCCCCACCAGCCCCAAAAAAGGAUUUUUUUGGGAUGAAAUCACAUGGAUUUGGUGUCUAGAGGCACGGGAUGCUGCAGCCAGUUCCUCUGGGAAUCUUUCCCGUGGAAUACUCAGCAGGAGAAACCCAAACCCAGUGGGUGUUAAUCGCCCCACUCUGAAUUUGGCCAUUACUUCCACAAUCCAGGAGGAUUUUCCACCCAGAAACGAGAUUUUGGGAACUCAGAGAGGAUCCUGGAAAGAUGGAAGGAGGGAUCAGCCCGGGAUGAGCAGGGAAAACAGGGAAUAUGCAAAAUUCCAGCAAAUUUUGAGCAACAUGGAAGUGGAAGAGGAGAAAAACUUGCACGAUGGAUGAGAGGCUUGAGAAGAAAAACCUCAAAAAUUGGGAAGAACGGAGAGAAAGAUUUUGAGGCAGCAGAAUUCCAGAGCCUGGGAGGCAGGAUUGAGCCUGUGGGAGCAGAUGGAAAAAAAGGAGGGAAAUAGCAGGAGAUCGGCCCCCAGGAGCAGCAAAAGUGGGAAAACCAGAUCCAGUCCAAAUCCCUGGGAUUUUGGGACCGUUCCCAGAGAGGGAUUCGGUGACGAUUAAUGGGAUCACAUUCCCCAAACCUUCCCAGCUGGAACUGUGGGAUGGCAGUGAACCUGUUCCAUGUCCCCCCCCAUUCCCAGCUGUCCCACUCACCUCUCCCCGCCAGUUCCCAGGUGUCCCUCUCACCUGUCCCUUUUCCCCCCUGAUUCCCAGGUGCCCCCCCCUCGCCAUGUUCUCCAAGAAGAAGAAGCGGGUGGAGAUCUCGGCCCCGUCCAACUUCGAGCACCGGGUGCACACGGGGUACGACCCGUCGGAGCAGCGCUUCACGGGGCUGCCCCGCCAGUGGCAGGGGCUGCUCGAGGAGUCGGCCCGGCGCCCCAAGCCCCUCGUGGACCCCGCCUGCAUCACUGCCAUCCGCGCCCCUCAAAAGCCCAUUGUUCGCGGCUCCAAGGCCCCCCGGGAUGGGACGCCCGGGGGCCGGGACGGGACCCUGGCGUGGCUCCUGGACGAGCUGGAGGCCGUGUCCGUGUCCCGCUCCAACUCCCUGCGCCGGGACAGCCCCCCCUGCCCACCCCGGGCCCCCCCGUGCCCAGAGAAUGGCCUGGCCCCCCCUGGCAAGAGCCGUCGGGGGGGCCGGGGGGAGCCGGAGCCGAGACCCCCCAAAGGUGUGGCCGAGCGGGACCCCUCGACCGCGCCCGCCCCCGGGGGGCUGCGGCGGGAGGAGAAGCGCCCCAAGUCCAGCUCGGCUGGCGAGGGGCCCCCCCGGCCCCCCGCCCGCGAGCAGCGCCCACUCUCGGGGCCUGACCUGCGGCCCCCCGACAUUCCCGGUGCUCCCGGAGCGGGGCCGAAGACGGCGCCGCAGCCCGGACGCCCCUUCCACACCUACCCCCGCGCUGACACCGACCCCGCCCGGGGCCCCCCCACCCAGGCAGAGCAUCGACCGGGACGCCCACAGGAGGUGACGCCCAACGGGCCAGUCCCCACUGGUGGCCCCGGCGGUCCCGGCUCCUCCUCUUCCUCCCACGCCCCUGGCCCCCCACGCCCCAAGGCCCCAGAGCCCCCACCGCCCCCUGGGCCAGACCCUCCCGCUGUGCGGCCCCCCGGGCCCCCGCCUGCCCCGGGGGGGCCCCAGCGCGUUUCCCAUGAGCAGUUCCGGGCGGCGCUGCAGAUGGUGGUGGACCCCGGGGACCCCCGCACGUACCUGGACAACUUCAUCAAGAUCGGGGAGGGCUCCACGGGCAUCGUGUGCAUCGCCACCGUGCGCGGCUCCGGCAAGCUCGUGGCCGUCAAGAAGAUGGACCUGCGCAAGCAGCAGCGGCGGGAGCUCCUCUUUAAUGAGGUGGUGAUCAUGCGGGACUACCAGCACGAGAACGUGGUGGAGAUGUACAACAGUUACCUGGUGGGCGACGAGCUCUGGGUGGUCAUGGAGUUCCUGGAGGGCGGUGCCUUGACCGACAUCGUCACCCACACCAGGAUGACGGAGGAGCAGAUCGCGGCCGUGUGCCUGUCAGUGCUGCGGGCGCUCGCCGUGCUCCACGCCCAGGGCGUCAUCCACCGCGACAUCAAGAGCGACUCCAUCCUCCUCACGCACGACGGGCGGGUGAAACUCUCGGAUUUUGGGUUCUGCGCCCAAGUGAACAAGGAGGUGCCACGGCGCAAGUCUCUGGUGGGGACUCCAUACUGGAUGGCCCCUGAGCUCAUCUCCCGCCUGCCCUAUGGCCCAGAGGUGGACAUCUGGUCGCUGGGUGUGAUGGUGAUUGAGAUGGUGGACGGGGAGCCCCCCUAUUUCAACGAGCCCCCCCUCAAGGCCAUGAAGCUGAUCCGCGACAAUCUCCCCCCCCGGCUCAAGAACGGCCACAAGGUGUCACCCUCCCUCAAGGGGUUCCUGGAGCGGAUGCUGGUGCGGGACCCGGCGCAGCGGGCGAGCGCCCCGGAGCUGCUCCGACACCCCUUCCUGGGGGUCGCGGGGCCCCCAGCCUGCAUCGUCCCCCUCAUGCGGCAGCACCGGCUUCGGUGAGACUCCCCUGUGGAGGGUGGAGACCCCCCCGGCCUCCUCCUCCUCACUGGCACCCCUGAACUGGAGUGGCACUGGGACGUAACUGGUGGGGUGCUGGCAAGGAGCGCCGGCCUCCCAAGUUGUACUACUGAGCUGGGGGGGGGCACUCAGUGCCGUGGCCCCCCCCAGCAGAGAUCUGGAGGUUGGAGGGGGGGCAUCAUCCUGGAGAUUUGGGGGUGCAGGGGCUCAUCCCAGUGCCCUCCCCCAGGCAGAGAUUUUGGGGGAUGGGGGGCUCAUCCUGGUGCUCCCCUUCUUUCCCAUUCCUGUCAGAGACUUGGGCUACAGUGGCCUCACCCCAGUACCCCCUCCCUUUGGGACCCAUUUUGGGGCAUUUCCCUCCCUUUUUGUUUCUUUUAACCCCUUUUUCUAACCCCAUCGGGCACUGUGAUGUGGCCCCCCCUACAUCUCCAUGGGGGAAGUGGUCCCCAAAACUACAGUCCCCUCCACCACACUACUGAUUUGGGGUCCACCCUGGCCCUCUCCCCCUGUUUUUGUUGAUUUGGGGUUUUUUUGUUGGUUUCCCUCCCCCAUUUUGUUUUUUAACAAAGUGAUAUUUAUAUCGUUGGGUUUUGUACCGCACGGGAUGGGGGGGCCCCAGGGGGGACACGGGGCCCCCCCAAAUUACACGUGUCCUUUUGGAGUC